AUGUCGGGCUUCAUGUCCAACUUCCUUCCAGGAGGAACCAGGGAUAAGGAUGCUGCCUCGAGGCCGGAAACUCCCACGAGAAACAGCUUCAUCAACCCUGCGAGCACGCCUCAAGGCAGUCCCAGCAAGAGGACGAUCCCCCCUGGGGCCAACGAGCUGCCCGAUGCAUUUGAAGGUGCACUUAAGUUGAACACUCCUGUCCUCGAAAGACCUAGACUUGAGCGCCCACUGAGCGUCAUCACCACGCCGCUGUCGCCAGGAAAGAGCAAUGUGGGCGAGUCGAGCCCGAAUGUGGACGAAAGCGUUCUGCACAAGGGAGUCACAUCCACCGGCAGCCCGUUGAAGAAGACCCAUGGACAGGAAAACACCCCUCCGGUCCCUCGCCUGGGUGGUACCGACUCGCCUUAUCAACAAAGCCACGCCGCCAUUUCUCGCCACGAGUUGUAUCAAACCAGGGAGAAACCUGUGACACCCCGCAACAAAUUCAACACGCAAAGGGCCCUCACCCCCGAAGAGUUGGAGAUUUUGCAACGUCCUAACGUUCGACGGCUGGUCAACGUCACUCAGCUCUACUUCCUUGACUACUACUUCGACCUCUUGACCUACGUCGGCUCCAGACAGAACCGCCUGGCUUCCUUCAAAUCAGAGGUCCCCCCUCCACCCGAAACUGACGAAGCGACAUACAAGCAGGUGUGGUCGAAGUAUGCGGGGCGAGAGCGCGCAAACCUGCGUAAGAGGCGUGUCAGACUUCGCCACGGCGAUUUCCAGAUCCUCACGCAGGUUGGCCAGGGUGGUUACGGUCAGGUCUUCCUGGCCCAGAAGAAAGAUACUCGCGAGGUGUGCGCCUUGAAGGUCAUGAGCAAGAAAUUGUUGUUCAAGCUGGACGAGGUUAGACAUGUGUUGACGGAGCGAGACAUUCUCACCACAGCCAAGAGUGAUUGGCUGGUCCGGCUACUCUACUCCUUCCAAGACGACAAGAAUAUCUAUCUUGCCAUGGAGUACGUACCCGGAGGUGAUUUCCGUACUCUGCUGAACAACACUGGUGUUUUGAGUAACCGACAUGCUCGAUUCUACAUUGCGGAAAUGUUCUGCUCCGUCGACGCCCUUCACCAACUAGGCUACAUCCACAGAGACUUGAAGCCGGAAAACUUCCUUGUCGACUCUACUGGCCACGUAAAGCUCACCGACUUCGGCCUGGCUGCUGGUUUCCUUGCGCCCGCAAAGAUUGAAUCCAUGCGAAUCCGUCUUGAGAAAGCUUCUGAGACGUCCGUACCAUUUGGAAAGCCCAUGGAUCAAAGAACUGUAGCCGAACGACGAGAGGGAUACCAGACGAUGCGUGCGAAGGACACGAACUACGCCAAGUCUAUUGUGGGUUCGCCUGAUUACAUGGCACCGGAAGUGCUUCGGGGAGAUGAGUAUGACUACACUGUAGAUUACUGGAGCUUGGGAUGUAUGCUUUUUGAGGCCUUGACCGGCUUCCCGCCCUUUGCAGGAUCCACUCCUGAUGAGACUUGGCGGAACUUGAAGCACUGGAGGGAGGUGCUCAAGCGACCCGUGUGGGAGGACCCCAACUACUUUUUGAGCAACCGCACGUGGAACUUUAUCACGACCUGUAUCAACUCAAGGUCCAAGCGGUUCUCCAAUAUUAAGGAAAUAUACGCGCACCACUACUUUGCCGAGGUUGAUUGGGAUACCUUGCGAACCACCAAGGCACCCUUCGUGCCCGAGCUCGAUUCAGAGACUGAUGCAGGCUACUUUGAUGACUUCACCAACGAAGCAGACAUGGCCAAGUACAAGGAGGUGCAUGACAAGCAACAGGCAUUGGAGAACAUGGCGGACCGUGAUGACGAGAUGGGCAAGAGUCUCUUCGUCGGCUUCACAUUCCGACACCGCAAGACCACGGAUGAUGGAAGCCCGCGCAAGCCGAUUCCGUUCAACAACAGCGGCAGCAACGAGGACGCUUUUGGCACAAUGUUGUAG